AUGUUGGUGAAUUUCCUUGCACUGAUAAUUUUGGCACGAUGUCAAAAGAUGAAUAUCCAGAUCAAAGCAAUGACCAUGAAUUUAGCGUUGGUUGACUUAAUGACUGGUGUGGCUAUUCUUCUGGACUCCUUUCUAAGUCCAGUUUUACCAGAGUCCAUAUGCAGACCCCUGACAUAUUUAUACUGCAUUGGAGUGAUCGUCUCAUUUGCCACAAUAACGGGGCUUCUCCUAGAUCGGUUCCUUGCCAUUUACUAUCCGUACCGAUACCAGAAGGUUCACCUCCAUGAGAAACAGUGUUCUGUUAUAGUCAUCAGUGGUACAUGGAUCGUCGGAAUUAUCCUUUCUGUAUUGAAUUACGUUGAUGGUUUUUUAAUUUAUAAAACUCAGAGAACAGCGCUGUGUGUAUCUUAUGUCAUGACUGGAAAAAUUGGACUUGCAAUCGUCACUAUGGUUUUCUGUUUUCUUCUCGUUUUUAACAUGUUUCUUUACUUGCUUAUGUUCAUCAAAAUAUAUAGAUUGUCCCGUUCUGCAUAUCCAAAAAACACCAUGAAAGGAAAUCUCUACAGCAACCAAGCCAGGGUUCUCAUAAAAUUAUCAGCAAUCAUCGGAAGUUUUAUGCUCCUUUACACCCCUCUGAUUGUGAUUAAUGUCAUUGUCGUCGUCGUGGACAACAAUAUGGCGGAAACACUUCUGACAUGGCAAAGCUUUGCUGGCUUUCUGAUUCUUCUGAAUUCUUUUCUCAAUCCCUUUUUAUACGUGUGGCGAUUCACGGAAUGCAGAUACACUUUCCUCUCAAUGGUCUGCUGUUGUUGGAAAUCUCGUAAGGAAAAAUAUGAAAAUCUCAAGAAAAAGUUCUUCGUUUCUUUUUUACAAGCAGAAAAUUCAUAUACACCAUAUAGAAAGUAA